AUUCUAUCCGGGGCCAAACCAAGAAGGAAGGAAGGGCGUACUGCGUGCGCGUGAUGUACCUUGAGCGCUUUGAAGAAAAUACCUCCAUGGCUCACAGAAUAGUGAUAAUUUGUAAACUUUCAUCAGCUGUUAUCGAAAAAUUCUGUGACAACUAAAAUAGAUCAUUAAAAAAAACGAAAAUUAGGAAGAAAAAAGUUUGUUAUUAUAUCCUAAAGAAAUUAUCUAAGAGAAAAGUAAAGGAGAAAUAUAGAGGACGGUUCUGACAGAUACGUUGAUAAGAGAAAAAGAGCAGAAAAAAUAUAGCUGAAUACUGUGUGGCGUGUAGGAGAAUUAAAUGAACUGAGGAAAACAGUAACGGCAAGUAGCGGGUAGAAUGGUAGUGAUGCGGAAGAAGAUAUGGCCGCGGACUGCCGGCGAUCUAGCGUCGAUGGUUUUCGUAUUGACCAUAGUGCCAUUGAUAUAUUGGUUCGGAUUGUGGGUGGUAUUGCCGGAAUUCUACAAGGACGAGAGCUUGCAAUACACGCUACACUUUGUUCUCGGUACUUUCAUCAUGCUAAAUAUAGUAGGCAACUACACGUAUACGGUGCUGUGUGACACCAGUACCGUCAGGAACGUGAUGUCAAUAGGCACAGCAAAACCAGAGAACGGGUGGUGGCUGUGCGUGGCUUGCGAGACCCUAUCGCCACCGCGAUCAUGGCAUUGCCACACCUGUGACAUUUGCAUUCUCAAGCGCAAUCACCAUUGCAUAUUUGCUGGCUACUGCAUAGGCUUCUACAAUCACCGUUAUUUCAUCAUGUUUUUAUGGUAUUUGUUCCUCGGCGCAGCGUACGCCUUCUGUUACGGCAGCUUUUUUGUUUGGAGUAGGGUACCUUUCGAGUUCUCAACAGUUCUUAGAAUGGUUUUCCCUUUAGUGAUCUUCUUUUUUGGUAUCGAUAUGUCCAUCGAUCAGUUCUACUUGGUGCUGUACGUUGUGUCGUUCGUAGGCACUCUGUAUGCGGGAGUGUUGUGUAUUUAUCAUUUCAAUUUGAUAUUUAGAGGUGUUGUAAGUAAUGAGAGUAACAAAAAUAAUUAUAUGUAUAACAUGGGUUGGAAGGACAAUAUUAAAGAUGUAUUUGGAGAACGAUGGUAUUUGACAUGGUUGCUUCCUUAUGUAAAAUCACAGUUACCUCAUGAUGGCACCUCAUGGUGUAAUAUGUGUUUAAAGAACGAUUGAAUCGUUUUUGUGAAAUUACAUUUAUACAAGAUGUCUUGAAGCAUUAGUUUGUUUAUAUUGCUAACAUCAACAAUGUUGUUUUCAUGAUUGGAAUUGUAAAAAAAUUAACUCACUGCUUGGGAAAAUUAUAUUUGUUUAAUUAAAAACAGUGCUAAAAGUAAAACUAUUAAAAAUUGCAGUGCAUUUUGAAAUUUGUCAUACAUUCAUAAUAUAAUGUGUGUAUGCACAUUGAUGUAUAUUCUUUGUAAAUAUUGUAAUUAUAUCAUACAUAUAUAUUAAUUGUAUUUGUGAAACUAACAGACGAUAUAAUUAUAUAUGUAAUAAAUUUAUUGGAACAUA